GCAGAUGUAGAUUAGGGGCCCCCGAUCAAGAUUUCUACGUACCGUCCUAGGUCCAUCUCCCCUCUACCACGCGGCCAAGGCCUUGCUAGUCUUCUAGACCCAGGUGCUCACCUACGUAGCUAUACACUACCUACUACUGCCCUCUUCGUUGCCCUCUCCGGCAGACCCACAUCUUCCCGGGGGAUCCUCACGAGACCGGACUUUUUUUCGUUUUCAUACACACGCUUACACUAUCUUCGCACGCCGGCCUCCCGCCAACAUGCCUUCGGUCGACCUCAAGCAGAUCAUCGAAACCAAGCCUCUCGGCUUCACCAUCAAGACCGGCAACGGCCGGUGGAGGUGUCAGAUCCACAGCGACAGAGCCGCAUACGAGCGCUCGCGAACCGUAGCGACCCCGGGCAUCUCCCGUUCCGAUUCGGGCCUAUCGACCUCGGUGGAAUCGACGAGCUCGACCGAGUCGCUGUCGAGUUCUAGUUCCUCUGCCAAGUCCUCCGUGUCCCAUUAAACGAUGACAGCAAAGCGGAGCCCUUAAUUAAGGAUUUCUCACCCCCUUUCCCUUCGCUCUCUCGUCGUCGUCGGGGAAAAUCAUCCGUCCUUACUGUUGCUUCAGCUCGCUGCAGCU